CAGAGCUCUCUUUGGAGGCAGUUGAAAGCCACUGAUCAAUCGUUACACUUGUAUUGUCCAAGAAGAGCAAGAAAGUAAAGAAGAAAAAUUGGAGCCUCCAAGCGGCGUUGUUCCGAAGAUGAAAUCCGGCGGGGGAGAGGAGUUCGAGGUGGGUUUCUUUGGAAAUCAGGGAUUUGGUGAAGUAGAGAAGAGUUCUCCUGAAGAAGUUCGGACAUCCGUAUCUCCCGUUCUUGAAGAUUGGAACACAGGUUUGGCCAUUUCUUGUGUUAGAUUCGAUGUAAACGAUUCUCAUUGUUUCUUGAGAAGCAGUUUAGAGCGGCACUUCAACGAGCCUUUCGUAGGAUCAAUCCAACACGGUGCUCUUAGGAUAAUGGAGGAAUGCCCUAAUUUUAGGAAUGCGGACUUUACUAAUAAAAGGCAGUGUGUUUUUGAGGGAUUGAACAAAAUGGUAGCGAAUGAUGAAGGCAAUGGAUGUUCUCUGAAAAUUAAAGUAAUUGAUGAAACGGCUGUGAUUGAGACAAUUUCUGGUAAUAGAUUUAGAAUCGGCAACGAGGAGGAGGACCAUGUAGGGUUUGGUAAAUAUUCUGAGAGGAUUGAUGAGAAGAAUAUUACGAAGCAAGAAACACAUGCCAGGAAAAAGAAACGACCUAGAAGAAGGGGAAAGGGUGCCAAAAAUAUGUCUAGAUCAACAAAUCCAGUGGAACAGUCUCCAAAUCACACGGUUGAGUCUCACAUUAGCCGCCAAGAGAAAAGCAAGGACACCAAGAGGGCUUACUCAAGGGAGGAGCUAAUGGCAAUGAGGUCUGUAAAUUUAGAAGAACAGAGGAAAAAAUGGAUUCAGGCAUACUGUGGGCUUGAGCCUACUGUGGCAAGGGAAUAUGACGGCCUGGUUGGUUGUAAUCGUCAAAAACACAUCCAGGUUAACUUUGAUCCAAGGAAACAAUGCUCAUAUAAGGAUUUCAAAGCCCCUGGGCUCCUUGGUAUAUGUCCUUUUUCUCCACAACAGAAUGGGUUCACUUCUUCAUGUUCACGUGUCUGGUAGCUGCAUAUGGAAGAAGGAACCAUGUGAAAGUCCUUGUUCAUUGAAGAAUUGACUGCAAAGGCUUUGUGUGCAACAUACACUACAGACCUCCACCAAAACUAUGUCCUUUGUUUGUAUACUUAGGCACAUGAUAGGUUAUCCUAUAAAUGUCACCCACAUAUGGGCCUUCUCUUGGGCACUAAUUUCUUGCAACAUGGCAUCUACAUGCAGAGUCAUGCUGUAUAUUCAUUGUAUUUGUUGAUAUAAUGGUCAAUGGUGGAGACUGCAGCUGUACAUGAUAGGCAAUAGAGUGUUGAAUUUGUUGAUGGAACUUACUGUGCAAAUGCCUGUUACUGGAAUGGAGGGGGAUGGUCUUCUUAAUACUCAAUUGGUUGCACUUCCUCCAUGGUGUGUUUGAUGAAG